AAUAAGUGUAGCUGCAUUGAAAUAUGAUCACAUAAAUCAAAAUAUGUAUACAAGCGCCUCUGUGUCCACCUGAAACUACUUUGGAAUAACCCUUUGUUUGAUGAUAAAAUGAGUAAACAAUUGAUUUGUUGUAAUCCGAAUCAGUCGUGUUUUGCGGAUCGGUUCAAAAAUAUCGAAUUAGAUUAAUUUGAGAAAAAAAAAUAUUGUUUCCAAUCAUUACUCUUUCAUUUGAUUUAUUUUUUCAACUUCUUGAACAUUUGACAAAGUUCAUUUCAAUAAGUUUUCGCAUUCAGUUCAUCAUUUUUAUUUUUUUUAACGUUAACCAUGAAAUAUCAACGAUCAGCGGCUAUUUAUACACUGUUCGGUUUGACAUUGCUCGUGCAUCAGAUUGCCGCAAAAGAUGAGGCACAGUCACCGUUGGCCGUACCCAGUCUACCAACUGGCGCUAUAAAUGAAAAUACCGUCGAUUGCGUUAAUUCAAAAUUCUUUAAAAUUCAACGCGAAAAUCCACAAUUAGGACCAUGGCUAUCGGAUGUUCAGAGAACCGUGGAGAAUUUGUUUGCUGUUCGCAAAAAAUGCGAUACACGAACAAAAAGCCGUCAAAGUGAAUGCAUUUCGGCAUGGAAUCGAGCAGCUGGUGUUCAAUUUUUACGUUUGGGUCUGUCACUGUUCGAACAACCUAACCCUAAAGGAAAUCAAUUGGAAAUUUUGAACGUAUUCACCACAGAGUUCCAAGGUUGCUGGUAAACAGAAUGUUUAAAAUAGGGAAAAAUACCGUGUUUCUUUUUUUUUCUCUCUCUCUCUCUCUUUCUCUCUGAACAACUAUCUGAAAAUUACAUGCAGCAAUUCGUUCAUCAAUCAAUUCUUUGUAGGUUAAGCUAGUCGGGGAGUAGAAACAUUUAGAAAGUUAAACAGUGAUAUCACUAGCUCUGAAACAAUAACAAACGAAUGUUUUACGUUUUAUUUGAGUCAACAUAAAAUGUAACACACAAAUCACAUCUCCAUUUCGGUUGAACGACGUUCAUUUCAAUACAAUUCCGACAAUUUGCUUUGUUAAGUUAGAAUAAUUAGUAUAAAUAAACGUUUUGACGAAAACAUGUGUAUCAAUGAAUAAACUUUCUCAUUGAAAAUGAAACGUG